AUGAAGACAGCGGUUGAUCUGAUAAAUCUUUCACCCUCAAGUCCUUUAGAUGGCGACGUUCCAGAAAGAGUAUGGAAAGGCGGUGCUGUUUCGUGGCAGUCAAGGUUAAAAAGGUGUGUUGCUUUGUCUACUACAGAAUGUAAAUCGAGACCAUUCACUGUAAAACCACCGUCGUCAUCGUCGCCGUCUUCUUCCUGCUUUUCUAAACCUCGACGUGGUCUAGUUACUGUUUCUUUCUUUAAUCUCCCAGAUAAGCCGAUUCUCAAUGAAGCUCUUAAGGAGCCGGUGGCAUUUAUGGGAGGAAUAUUUGCUGGUCUUUUGAGACUUGACUUGAAUGAAGAGCCUCUAAGGGAAUGGGUUGCUAAAACUACAGAAGCUUCUGGAAUUAAAGAAAACAAUGCUAAUAAUGUUGAUGGACCAAACCAAGAAGAACAAGAAAACAGCCCCCAACAGAUAGAGAUUGAGUGAGACUCAUUGUUCUCAUGCUUCUUCUAUCCUCCAUAUAUAUA